UGAGCAGACCAAAAACUUCAAAGGGUCAGAUUGUUUUCAUUCAAAUACGAUGGCUUCUUCUUCUCCAGUGAAGUAUGAUGUUUUUCUUAGUUUUAGAGGUGAGGAUACACGUGAUGGCUUUACGAGCCACCUGAAUGCAGCUUUGUGUAGGAGAAAGAUUGAAACUUUCAUCGAUUACGAACUUAAAAGAGGAGAUGAGAUUUCACCUUCUCUUUUGAAGGCAAUUGAAGGUUCAAAGAUUUCAAUUAUCGUUUUCUCUCAACGCUAUGCUUCUUCUAAAUGGUGCCUCGAAGAACUUGUAAAGAUACUCGAUUGCAAGAAAAAGAACGGUCAGAUUGUGAUACCGGUUUUCUAUCGUAUAGAUCCAUCAGAUGUACGGAAGCAAACGGGGACUUUUGGAGAUGCGUUUGCUAUGCAUGAAGUGCAAUUUAGGGACAGACCAGAGAUGUUGCAGAGAUGGAGGAGUGCACUGACGGAAGCCAGCAAUCUGUGUGGGUUUGAUUCAAAUGCCAUCAGGCGUGAAUCGAAACUUAUAGAGACAAUUAUUGAACAUAUUUUGAAGAGAUUGAAUGAUAUGUCUUCUAGUGAUAAUAAGAACUUGGUUGGAAUAGCAAAAAAGAUCGAGAAAAUUAAAUCUUUAUUGUUUGAUGGGUCUACUGAAGUAUGCAAGGUAGGAAUAUGGGGUAUGGGUGGUAUGGGCAAGACAACACUUGCUAAAACUGUCUUCAACAAAAUUUCAAGUGAAUUUGAAGCUUCUCAUUUUAUUCAAAAUGUUAGGGAAGCAUCAAAUAAAAAUCAAUUACCCCAUUUGCAAAAAGAACUUCAUUCUGCAAUAUUUGAGGAUAGACACCUCCAUAUAGAGCUCACAUUCACAAAAGAAAGGCUUAAACGUAAAAAGGUUCUUAUUGUUUUUGAUGAUGUGACAGAUUUGAAACAAAUAAGAGAAUUAAUUGGAGAUCUUCAAAACUUGGGUUUUGGAAGUGGAAUCAUUAUAACCACAAGGGAUAAAAAGGUGCUUAAAAAUUGUGGAUUGAAUGAUUCUACCAUAUAUGAGGUCAAAGGAUUAUAUAGUGAUGAAUCUCUUCGACUUUUUAAACAAUAUGCCUUCAAACAAAACCAUCCAAUUGAUGAAGAUUACUUGAAGCUUUCAACAAGAGUAAUAAAUUAUGCGAAAGGAUUGCCUUUAGCUCUUGAAGUCUUAGGAUGCUUUCUACUUGGUAGAGAAAAAUUUGAAUGGGAAAGUGCACUAGGUGAAUUAAAAAAAUCUCCAAAUGAGGUUAUUCAAGCGGUGCUUAAGAUCAGUUAUGAUGGAUUAUCAGAUAAAGAGAAAACUCUAUUUUUAGAUAUUGCAUGCUUCUUUAAAAGAUGGAAUAAAUAUCUAGUAGGUACUAUUGGUUCACAUAUUGGAGUAAGUGUUCUUGUUGAUAAAGCUCUUAUAACUAUUUCAGAGCACAACACCAUAGGAAUGCAUGAUUUGAUUCAAGAAAUGGGUUGGGAAAUUGUCCGACAAGAGCCCGUCAAUAAACUUGGCCAACGUACUCGAUUGUGGCAUCAUGAUGAUGUCUAUCUUAUAUUGAAAAAAAAUAUGGGAACUGAUAAAAUAAGAGGCAUGCUCUUUGAUAUGGAUAAUAUGAGAGAAAUACAUUUAAAUCCUCAUGCUUUCUCAGACAUGGCUAAUCUAAACGUCUUGAUAGCAAAUAUCUUAUAUUCGAGAUGCAACAAUAUGGUUCAUGGUUUUGACAACAUUGAAUUUGAUUUCUCAGAGUUAAGAUGCCUCUGCUGGGAUCAUUACCCCUUCCCAUCGUUGCCUAAGAAAUUUUGUCUUGAGAACCUUGUUGUAUUGAAGAUGUGUAAUAGCAAUCUUGAACAACUUUGGAUGGGUACCCAGUAUCAUAAAAUUUUAAAAAUUGUAUUUUCUAAUUUGUAUUGGUCAUUUCCUUUUCUGUUACAGGACCUUGCUCCUUUAAAAUACAUUGAUCUGAGUAACUCAAAUAAUCUUCUUAGAGUCCCAGACCUCUCAGAGGCUCAAAAUCUAGAGAGCUUGAUUUUAGAAGGUUGCAAACAUUUGUUUGAGAUCACUCCUCCAUCUCGGAAUCUUGAUAAACUUGUUAAUUUGAAUCUAAGAAAUUGCAAGAGCCUUGUCAGCCUUCCAGUUGGCAUUCAAUCAAAGUCCUUAAAAGUUGUUAUUCUCUCUGACUGUUCUAAGCUCAAAACAGCUCCAAGGAUAUCAUGUAAUAUGAAAGAAUUGUUUUUGGAUGGAACGGCAAUAAAAAGGUUGUCUUCUUCCAUAGAAAGUCCUUCGCGGCUAGUUGAACUGAAUCUUAAGAACUGUUUAAGCCUUGAAAGUCUUCCAAGCAGUGUUUGUAAUUUGACAUCUCUUCGAAAGCUUGAUCUCUCUGGUUUGUCAAAUCUAAAGAUGGUUCCAGAGUUCCCAUCUAAUAUCCUGGAGUUAAAUUUAGAUGGAACUGCAAUAAAAGAAUUGUCUUCAUCGAUUGGGAAAGUAUCAUCUCUGACAAGAUUGAGUCUUAGAAAUUGUUCAAGCCUUGAAAGUCUUCCAAAUGACAUUUGUAAAUUGAAGUUUCUGAAAUAUCUUUUUAUCUCUGGUUCUUCGAAAAUUCAUAGAUUGCCUGAAGACAUAGGAAAUUUAGAAAGUUUGAAAGUGCUGGUAGCAAAUGAUUUGAGAGAAGUACCUUUGUUUAUAGAACGUUUGAAAAACCUUCAAGAUUUAUCUUUGGAGAGAUGUAAGAGUCAAGGGCUGACAUGUAUACUAUCACCUAUUUCAUCAGGUUGCCUUCUUUUAGAGAGAAUAAAUUUGAAUCACUGCAAUCUCUCAGAGUUGCCCCAUAACUUUGGCCAAUUGUCCUCUCUUAAGUUCUUAGAAUUAGCCGGAAAUAAUUUUGAGACCUUACCUACUAGCAUCAUGAACCUCUCCAAGCUGUCUAUCCUCAACAUAAAGUUUUGUAAUAGGCUUCAAUACUUACCAAAGCUGCCGUGUAAGAUACAAAAUCUAGAGGCAGAGGGUUGUGAACUGCUGAAAACAUUAUCAGGUUUCAUAAUUCCAUCUUAUGGAUACUUACUUAGUUUCACCAGCUGCUUGAAUGUGGAUUGGAAAGAGAUCAGAAACAUUUUGGAUGAUGCUUUGGUUGAUAAUUAUUCAGAUAGAGCUUUCUGGCAUGAAGAAGCAAAGUGUAGAGUUGGCCGUCCAGAAGGUCAUAUUUGUUUCCCUGGAAGUGAGAUUCCAGGGUUCUUUGGUAUUCAAAGUAGGGGAUCUCGUAUAGCACUACCACAACGUUCGUUGAAUCAUAAGUGUUUGGGGUUUGUAUUUUGCGCCAUUGUAGGAAUUGACGGUCACACUGUCUACCAUAUGAAUAGUUUUCAGUAUAAAUUGUGUUAUAAAUUCAACCGUGUUAAUAAGACAAUUUGUAUGAAAGAAAUUUCAGUUGAUGGACUCGGCUCUAUUAACUCAGAUCACAUAAUUAUGGGGUAUAAUUGCAGUCUUUCUGGAAAAUUCACUUGCAAUAUGGAGGCCUUCUUCGAUUUCACGUGUUCUUUGUUUAUAAAGAAGUGCGGGAUCCAUUUAUUGUUCGCUCAAGAGUUCGAAUCACUUUCCCGGAGACUGGAAGCUUCAAAUUUCUUUAAGGGUGAACCCAGCUCAAGGGAUAACUUUGAGUUGGUGAAAAGUAUGAUGAUGAGUAAAGCAAUAGAACAAGUUGUGAGCAAUAACAGUGCAAAUAGUUGUAAUAAUAAUGGAGGUGGUGGUGUUGCUGAAGGGAUUUUUUUGCAGCAAAGUCAUGCUGGUAGUGAUGGUGUUUACGGAAGAGGGAAUAGGGGAACAGGCAAUAUGCCAGAGAUGGAAAAUAGAGUGUCAGCCAGUCCAAUUAGAAAUAGAGGACCUGGUGCAAUAGGUGGAACAGGUUUGAUGGAGAAAGUUGGAAAUGCUUUUGGGCAAGGCAUUGGUGAUGUCCUCCCUCUGAUGUAUCCUCAGUCAUUCGCAUUUGAUCCGAGGAUUGGUGCACCUAUAAAGUGGAUGGGCAAUUAUAGGGGCUGUCUUGGAGCUUUAACGCCUCCAUUUUCUAGGGUUUUAUCCAGAGGUACCAACAUUGAUGAAGAGGUAGCACACUCUAAUAAGAGAUUAAAAUCUUCAAAUUUCUGUGAAGGAGAACCUAGCUCGAGAUCACAUCCUUACUAUACUAGUUUGGAAAUGGGUGCAUUUCCUCAAGAUUUUGUCAAAUCACAUCCCUUCAAUCCUUUGGGUUGGGAUCAAUUCCCUCAAGAUAAGACUGUCGGAUCACCUUUUAUUAAUAUUUCUGAUUCAGAUGAAGACAAUAAUGGAGAUCUUGUCAAAUCACAGCCCUUUACUCCUUUGGAUUUGAAUGAAUUCUCUCGAGAUUCUAUCCAAUCACCUAUUAUUAUUAUUUCUGAUUCUGAUGAAGACAAUGAUGGAUAG